CUGCAGCCAUGGUACGUCACACUUGUAAACAUAAAUACCCUUCGGAGUCUUUGUCACACCCUCAGGAAGACACCACAGCUUUUAUCUGCUGCAAGGGUAAGAAAAUGUCUGAGAGCUCAACAAUUCAACUCUUCAUGCACAUCACUGACACCAGAAUUCAAACAUGGCCAGGAUAUAGGGGAAAUCAGGCCACCUGUUGACCUCCUGACUGCAGAGGAAACCAUGAUGAAAGAAUCAGUGGCAAAAGUAGCACGAGAGGUCAUCCAGCCUCUAGUAAGGAAGAUGGAUGCAGAGAGCCAGAUGGACAAAUCUGUUAUAGAGGCUUUAUUUAAAAAUGGGUUGAUGGGUGUAGAGAUUCCCUCAGAGUAUGGUGGUACCAACGGGUCUUUCUUCAUGGCCAAUCUGGUUAUAGAGGAACUGGCUAAAGUGGACGCAUCGGUCAGCGUUAUGUGUGACGUACAUAAUACCCUCAUCAACUCCCUCCUUCUCAAGCUUGGCACCUCUGAGCAGAAGGAUAAAUACCUUCCUCGUCUUGCCACAGACAUGGUUGGGAGUUUCUGCUUGUCCGAGACAGAAUCUGGAUCUGAUGCAUUUGCCUUGAAAAUGUCUGCCUUGAAACAAGGAGACUUCUAUCUUCUGAAUGGAACCAAAAUCUGGAUCACUAAUGCUGAACAUGCUGGCAUGUUUUUAGUCAUGGCAAAUGCUAACCCUACAUCUGGUUACAAAGGAAUCACAACUUUCCUGGUAGACAGAGACACCCAGGGACUGUCUAUCGGAAAGAAAGAGGACAAGCUUGGAAUACGAGCUUCAAGUACAUGUCCUGUACAUUUUGAUAAUGUCAAGGUCCCUGCCACCAAUGUGUUGGGAGAAGUUGGACAUGGUUAUAAAUAUGCCAUUGACAUUCUCAAUGAAGGGCGUAUAGGAAUUGGAUCACAGAUGUUAGGAUUAGCUGAAGGUUGCUUCAAUGCAACUAUACCAUACACACAGGAGAGAAAGCAGUUUGGCAAACGUAUCUGGGAUUUUCAGGCCAUGCAGCAUCAAAUAGCUCACGUUGCCACUCAGAUUGAGGCUUGUCGGCUGCUCAUUUACAAUGCUGCUCGGAAGAAAGAAGCGGGUGAACCGUUCAUCAAGGAGGCAGCUAUGGCAAAGUACUAUGCAUCUGAGGUUGCAGCAUUGACAACCACAAAAUGUCUGGAGUGGAUGGGAGGUGUGGGCUACACCAAGGACUACCCUAUAGAGAAGUACUACAGAGACUGUAAAAUAGGAGCUAUUUAUGAAGGGACAUCCAAUAUUCAACUAAACACUAUUGCCAAGUGUAUAGAUUCGGAAGGCAUUAAACCGUGAACAUAGCCAGUUUACAUCAUUGUUGAUUCUGCCAAAACAACCAGAAUAGGAUGUUUGCAAUAUUUGGUGAAGAUUUAAACAACUGAAGUAUUUACAAGUGUGUGUUUUUCCUAACUUCAGAAGCUGCAAAAAGAUUUCAGUCUAUCAUCAGUACCAAGGAAUACUUUAUAAGCUUUACUAACAAAUUCAACCAUCUGUCCUUGGUAUAAUCUCUCUGCAACUCCUGUUCCUUCUUUUAGAACAGAAACCAAUGACCUUGUUACUCUGAUCUGACGAACAGAAAGGCUCAGAUCAGUGAUUGUGGUCACUUGAAAAACAAGUGAUAUUUUGGUGGUUGUACCCUUGAACAGAGACCUGCUACUUUUGUGUUCUGAUGUCAGAGAGCCUCAGACCGGCAAGUUUUUUUGUCUUUGUCUGAUCCUUUGAAAAAGAAAAGUUACUUUUGUGAAUGGCCAGUAACUUCUUACCAGUACUGGUCCCUCUGGAUGUUUGAUUUUUUAUACGCCCGUCGAAAUUUGACGGGGGUAUUAUAGUAUAGCGUCUCCGUCUGUCCGGUUAAAGUUUGGGUAUAUUUCUUCAGUGGUGUACAGUUCAGUCGGAUCAUGUGUUAUUGUCCUAAUAUUUGGCAUGGAUGUUCAUAUGGGGUCUAACAAGGACAAUAUGGAUUUAAUUGGGGAAAAUAAUUCCUAUUUUCAUAUGCCCGUCAAAUUUGACAGAAGUAUUAUGGUAUGGGGUUGUCCGUCCAUCCGGCGUAAACUUUUGUUUGUCUGGCA